AUGACAGAGACACAAACUUACCCCAUCGGAACCCGCAGCGAGUGCGAACGUCUCGUCCGAGACUGGGGUUUCCGACAUAUCUUUACCUGGUCUGAUGGCAGCAAUGCAUAUUACUCGCCUCAUAGACAUGCGGGCUUGACGACGCAUCUUAUUCGACAAGGGUCCCUUACUAUUACGUAUCCAGAAGACAAUGCUCGAUUUAAUAAUGGGGAGGUGAAGAAGGAGACGUUUGGGGCUGGGGCUCGGGUCGAUGUACCGGCUGGGAAGUUGCAUGAGGUGUGGAUUGGGCAAGAUGGGUGUGAGUAUGUGAUUGGGGAGUAG